AUAUAUAUAUAUUUAUAUCAUCACAAGCCUGGAUAAAGAGCAGACUUUUGUUUUGGUUUCACACUGCUAUUUUUAAUGCUUUAGUUAGAAAAAUUGUCUUGGUUAGAGAUAUUCAGGUCAAGGGAAAAUAGAUUUGAAAAUGAAUAAUUAAAUAUUUUUUCUCCAUUUUCACUCACCAAGCUUUUUUUUUUAAUAUGUUACUGGUUCAGAGCUGUUAAAUAAGAAAGUUGAGUGAGGGAUGUGAUAUUAGCUGAAGGGUUUUUCUUCUGAUAACACUACAAAUUUAACUGUAGGCAUUUCUUGCAGUGCAGUUUGGUCAGCAUUCUUCAUGCUUUUAAGGUGUCCAAUUACCUGUGAUAUUUAGAUUCUGUCGUAUUGUUUCUUCUCUGUGAAAAGAGAGGAAAGAAGGAAGCUUAUGCCCCAUUUCUCUCACCAAAGCUAGAAUGUGUCCUUUGGGUUAUUUCAAAUAGUUCGUUGAUAUGGAAGAUUUGUUCCUGCCAAGUUCAGCUUUGCCUUGUCUUCAAUAGCAUGAAACUAUUCCCUUGUUCUCUUGACAUCCUGCAUUAAAGCAGGUUUUCAUUUGUACUCUUAAUUAUUUUGGUUAUUAACUCUUACCUAAUAGAUCCAGGGAUAGAGAGUCUUUUAUUUACACAUUAUGAUUUUGUGCUUGAAAUUUCUCAUCCCUCCUUGUGUCCUCUCAUCCCAAAUGACUAAAGGUUGAGGAGGGGUGGGUGGGGCAGGGAGGUGUAAAAUGAUGACAGUUGCCAAACUAUUGCAAUGUUUCUUGUCCAAAGUGAUUUGUGAACUUCUGUAUUUUUUUUUCUGUUGGAAUGCUUUGAAUGGAAGUAACAAUGUUGUGCCUCUCUGAAUUCUAUUCUUAAGACAAAUGGGACUUGCUGAUUUUGUCAAUUAAUUUGUGCCAUCCCUAAUCAGUGAAAUAUCCCUUCUAGUUGUUGGUAAAUGGAAUUCCUGAAGUAUUUGCUCUACAUUCUGCCUUUGUUUCUCGUUAGUCAACUUUGGCUUCUGGGCCUUUGAAUUAAGCUCUGAGCAUAAUGAACUAAAGUAUCAAAGAAACUGCAGUGCUUUGGUUUCCCUAGGCAAUAAUUGAAGCUCCCAUAUUAGUCAGUGAUCGGAGUAGGAUCCCUUAUAUUCCAAUUGGUUUGCUUGGAAUUUCUCAGCAAAGAGUUGCACUCAGUGUCUUUUUCAUGUUUUAUGGUGUGUGGUAAUGAGGCGUCCCCUUUUAUUUCUUCUUAGUUACAAAAGGAAUGGGAACAAAGAGGAUAGUGAAUGGUUACUGAAAGCAUGGAAGAUAUAUUGCAGAUGAAGCAAAAAUGUUUUAAAAUGAAAUUCAGGGUUCCGAAUUAUCCUGCUCCACAUUCUCCAUUAAUCUCCAGUAUUUCUGUACAUACUGUAUAUCACUGAGCUUCCCCACCAUUUUGCCAACAUGCCUCCAGUGAUGUUUUGAUGGGUUAGAGCUUGAAUAAUGUGCAUUAUUCAGUCCCUGUAGCAACAGACUGUACCAAAGGUCUUGAGGUCAUUUUCUGGCUGCUAAAAAAUACUCAACCAGCUUCACACUCUGGAAUUCAAGCAACUUUCUUGUCCUUCUUCAUCCUUCCUGUUUGUAAUGUGUUGGUAUUGGCAUGAUCAGGCUGGAUUUAACGAACACUGUGAUUUGUACAUAAAUCUAUGAGUAUCUUGUUCUUUCAGCCAUUGUCAAGUGUAUGUCCACAGCUGAGAAAUAACCAGAUGUGUUUGUGUGUGUGUUGUGAGGAAGUAUAAGAACCACAGAUGUAUCCUCAUAAUCUCUCCUUCCAAAGAAGGGAGAUCGUGGUGGCAUGAACUAGUUGAAAGGAAAAAAAAUCAGAGGAUGCUGCUAAGAAUAGCUGCCAUUUCCAACGUGGCUUAACCCAACUCAUUCCCCACCUUGGUGGGUAUGUAGCAGUGUUAGAUUUGCUUGGAAGCAGAUCUUAACUGUGUAGCUUUAGUAAACUAAAACAAAUACCUCAUUGAUUUAUGUUAUGAUCACCAGAAACACCAUGCAUGGGAAAGCCACAUUAGAAGAGUGCCUGAUGUCAAGUAGAUGAACUGCUAAAAGUAAUUUCAUUUCAUUGUACAUGUAGGUGCCAUUGAAAACAGCUCCAUUUAAAUCUGGAAUAAAAUCAGAUUUGAGAGGAAGCUGCUCUGUUAGAGCAAGAUUUGAGCUAAACACACAAAAAAUGUUUCUGCUAAAUAAAUAGGGCCACCCUCUUGUUCACUUGCUGCUCACAAGUUGUGAGAGGUUUUCAGCAAAUCUAGUUUUUUGUUGGAACAUGACUACCUUCUCUUUUCCAUCCCUUAUUAAAUAUUUCUUGUGGUUUGGGGAUCCUUCCUGAAAUGAGAAGCAGUUUAGUUGGAGACAGAAACAGUAUUAGGGAUUGGGAAAGCUCUGAGCUUUCUUAAUAUAAGGGCUUGAAUUCCAGCUACAGCAAGACACUAUUCUAGCUCACCCACCUGGGAUGUUCUUUUCUCAAGAUGAGAAGCCACCUUCAGACCCUGUUAAAUUCAAGAAUCGGCUUUCAUGUUCUCCACCAGUUGUAACUUUGCCUUCUUGGCAACAGGGCUCUUCCUUGCAUUUGCCUUUGUGUGGUUGAGACUAAACUAAAGUUGGAGCAUGAAUAUAGAUACUGUUUCCCCAUGAAAGGCAGUAAAAGGCAACGGAAGCCAGUGGUGGGAUGGCUUUUCAUCUGAGUGAUGUCCAUCUCUUGAGGUUUUUUUUAAACCAUUAGCUAGCCCCUGGGGACCAGUACCUGGUUGAGAAACCCAGCGGCCCAAUUGUUACGUUACAGCAAGGUUGGAGCUAACCUCUUAAAAGUGUCUUUGUUUCUGCACAUUUUUAAUCAAUUUUUCUCAGGGGUGACUGAAUGGUCCAAGGGGGAGGGGGUUAUCCACAAAGGGAUGGGGGUGGCUCCUCGGACUUUCACAGCUGGGCCGUGGGCUCCUCACCCUCAGGUUUUGCUUGCAAGCCUAGAGGUUUUGUACAGUUUGUCACAUGUCUGUGCCCUUUGCUACUGUUUCUCUUGGUUUAUUAAAUGUGUUUGAAUAAUAAUGGAGAUGCUGUGAUUUCUUUUUCCAAUAAAGACUCUGACAUGACUUGUGCUUGGGUUGGUUUUUUUCCCCAAUUUUAUUUUAUAUCUUGCUGCUUUGCUGAUAUUAAAGAUUGAGGGUCUUUUACACAGAAGUCUUUAGAUGCACUAAUUUUUUGUUUUUAAUUAAAAAUUCUUGCCAUCAAAGUAAGGGCGAAGAUUUACUUUUGAGUAAAUCACUGAAAAGGAGAAUGAAGCCAUUAUUGAAUAGUAAUUGUAACUGUAGGCUUCCCAAUAGUGAUAUUUGUAAGGGGUCUUAAAUUUUAAAACUUAAAAGUAUGUGUCUGCAUUUUGGGGUUUGUGUGGUUUUGGAAAAUAAUUUUUUAUAAAGAGAUUUUUCAGAUACAUUUGUAUGAUGUAUUUAAUUUAUUCCUUAGUAACAUAAUAAAAUCAGGUAUAUUGUGGGAUUAGGAAUUCUGUUUCAGAAUAGCCAACUGUGGUGGCAGUGAUUCUGAUUCUACAAGCAAUAGAUGAAUAUGUAAUAGGUUGAUAAACGGAAGCUACCCAAGAUACAAUAUAAAUAACUUCCUAAGGCAGAAUGAUAAAUCCAUACAAGGAGGGCUUUUCCAAUAGAAAACGAAUGAAAGAAACCAUGGCUUAUUUAUCACUUGUUUUUUUGAGGCCAGUGGACCAAGAUGUUUGGGUCUUGUGUGUGCUAUAUUAAAAAUCGUGUAAUAGUGUUUCUUGUUAUGGAUGCCUAUAAUCUUGAAAGGGCAUAGCAGAGAGAUCCUUAACAUUUUUAUUUAGAUGAGCUUGCCAAUGACAUCAUAACCAAAGGGCUUUACUCCUCCCUCCUCUGUAGUUUGAACUAUGAUGUCACCUGGCAAAUUCAGACCCCAUGAUUGGCUAUAAACAGGUGGAAAGUCAAGUCAAAGAGUGGGACAAGACCACAACUGAAAACCUUUAAUCAUUGGAGCUGUAGUAGAGUACCUAUUGCUAAGUGCAACAGACUUUUAACAGUAGCAGAAAUGGACUGUCUAGGAUCCAAAAGCUACAUGAAGUUCUUAGCCAUAACAUAUGGUCCACAGAGGUAACCAGAAUCAAAGGAAAGAAGCUCAGGUGACUUGGACAUAUUUGAAAAUCGUGUGAAUCAAAGCCAAGAAUAAAGUUUCCUGUUUCAAUGCAGAAGAUUGGCUUUCUUUUUCUUGAAGACAAUAUUGUAUGUCCAGUAUGCCUUGAGGUAUUCAAAGACCCAGUCACCACAGCCUGUGGGCACAACUUCUGUAUGAGUUGCUUGCAGGUUUAUUGGGAACACCUAGCUCUGAUUGGGGAACAACCUUACUGCCCUCAGUGCCGGGAACCUUUCAGUUCAACACCUCAGCUCCGCAAAAAUAUAACCCUGGGAGAAAUUGCAAUGAGAUUUGCACAGGAGGAAACUCAAGAUCCACAGAACCUGUCUGGUUUCAAGAAUGUCCCGUGCGAUUUUUGUUUCUCGCAAAAGUUAAAAGCAGUCAAGUCUUGCUUGCAAUGUAUAGCUUCCCUGUGUGAUAAUCACAUCCAGUCUCACUACACAGACAAGAUUUUCAAGAACCACCAGUUGGUGGAACCUUUGAGUGACUUGAAAGGCAGCAUGUGUGCCAAACAUCGUAAGCUGCUAGAGCUAUUCUGCAAAGAGGAAGGGAAAUUUAUUUGCCAAAUCUGUGUCCGGGAAGAGCAUAAGAACCAUGAAGCCAUUUCUCUGAAGCAAGAAAGAAGAAAGAAAGAAGUGGAGAUCCAGAGACUACAUGCCAGUGUGGAAAACCAGGUCCUGAUAUUGGUAGAAGACCAUCAGAAACAUAGAGCAAGAGUGAAUUACCUUAUGAAAGUGAUAAAGAAUACCAGAGAUGAAGUUAGUUGGGCCUUUACAGAAGUAUUGAAAGAAUUCAAGCAACUGCAGGCUAAGGUGAUGGACUUCAUUGAUCAAGAGGAAAAGUCAGCUUUACUUGACAUGAGGAAUUCUAUUCAGCGUAGAUAUGAGCAACUUGCAGAUCUUAAGAAGCAGAAACUGUGGCUUGCAAAUCUGAUGAACGAUCCAAGUGACUUUCAAUUCUUGCAGGACUUCCCAAAAAUAAAGGCCAUAUCUGAUUGCUCAGGAGCUUUGAUUGGACUGAAAUGUGAGGAACUCAGCAGUUUUGUGGGGAUUAAACAGACAUUGAGUGAUUUGAAAUCCCAAAUUUCAAUGAUUGGACUCUGCUUCAUCAAUAAAAUCCUCCAGAAGGGAAUCACAAUGGUGCCAUAUGAACUGUUACCCACACCUGCAGACCGGAAGACUCUCUUAAAGUACUAUUGUGUCCUGAAUUUUGAUGCCACCACUGCCAACGAAGAGCUCUUCCUCUUUAAAGAGACUCACUCCGUGCUGAACAUGGGGAUUUUGUUGGAAACCUAUUCAAAACCCAUCCCUGGAUUUAACCAUUGGCCCCAGCUGCUCGGUACCCGCAGCCUUUGUGAGGGCUGCCAUUAUUGGGAGGCUGAGAUUUCAAACGGCUGGCUGUGCCUGGGUGUUGCCUACAGCUACCGGCAUAAGACCGAAAAAUCGUGCAUGUUGUAUCUGAUUGGCAGGAAUAAUUAUUCAUGGUGCUUGGAGUGGGACUCAGUGAAUUUCUCUGUCUGGCAUAAUAAUAUCCAGACUGUGCUGCGUGGUGACUACUACAAGACCAUUGGGGUUUUCCUGGACUAUGCUGCAGGCUCCCUGACCUUCUACGGCAUCACCAGUUCCAUAAACAUCAUUUACCGUUUCUUAACCACAUUCACUGAACCACUGUACCCAGCUGCCAUGGUAUUCUAUGAAAAGACACCUUGCAAAGAUGCGCCAAGAAGGAGAAGCAUCCCCUAGAAUCAUCAAAGACCAGGAUCGAGGAUGGGCUUGGAUGGUCUUAGUAGCUACAGUGCUGGUUCAAGGUCUAACACUGGGUUUUUCUUCAUGCAU